GCGACUCGGUGGCUCGGCGACUCGGUGGCUCGGGUGCUCGGAUAUUUAGGCCUCGGGGACUCGGGGACUAGGAGACUCGGGGGCUGGGGGCGGGAGUGGGCGUUUCAGAGACUGGAGGACCGGGCGCCAUGGGGCGCUACUCGGGCAAGACGUGCCGCCUGCUGUUCAUGCUGGUGCUCACCGUGUUCUUCUUCGUGGCCGAGCUAGUGUCCGGCUACCUGGGCAACUCCAUCGCGCUGCUGUCGGACUCGUUCAACAUGCUGUCCGACCUGAUCUCGCUGUGCGUGGGGCUGGGCAGCGGGCUCCUGGCCCGGCGGCCCCCGGGAGGACUGCGCGCCUCCUAUGGCUACGGGCGCGCAGAGGUGGUGGGCGCGCUCAGCAACGCGGUCUUCCUCACCGCGCUCUGCUUCACUAUCUGCGUGGAGGCUGUGCUGCGUCUGGCGCGGCCCGAGCGCAUCGACGACCCGGCGCUGGUGCUCAUCGUGGGCGCCCUGGGGCUGGCGGUCAACGUGCUGGGGCUGCUCAUCUUCCAGGACUGCGCCUCCUGCCGCACCUGCUGGGGCCGCCGCCGCCCCGCGCCCUCCCGGGUCCCCAGCAAGGCCCCGGGCGCCACCGUGUUCGCCAACGUAGCAGGUGAUUCCCUGAACACCCAGAAUGAACCGGAAGAGAUGGUGAGAAAGGAGAAGAAGUCAGAAGCCCUGAAUAUCAGAGGUGUGCUUUUGCAUGUGAUGGGAGAUGCCCUGGGUUCAGUGGUGGUGGUGGUCACCGCCAUCAUCUUCUAUGUGCUCCCUCUGAAGCGUGAGGAUCCCUGCAACUGGCAGUGCUACAUUGACCCUAGCCUGACCAUCGUCAUGGUCAUCAUCAUUCUAUCCUCAGCAUUUCCACUCAUCAAGGAGACUGCCGCCAUUCUACUGCAGAUGGUCCCCAAGGGGGUCAACGUGGAGGACCUCAUGAGCAAGCUCUUGGCUGUGCCCGGAAUUAGCAGCGUGCACGAAAUGCACAUCUGGGAACUCAUCAGUGGCAAGAUCAUUGCCACGCUGCACAUCAAGUGUCAGAGGGACAGGGGCUAUGAGGACACCAGUAGGAAAAUCCGGGAGAUCUUUCACAAUGCGGGGAUCCACAAUGUCACCAUUCAGUUUGAGACUGUGGACCUGAAGGAGCCUCCAGAGUCCAAGGACCUGCUUCUUCUCUGCAACUCACCCUGUAUCUCCAGUAGCUGCUCUAAGCAGCUGUGCUGUCCACCUGGGGCGCUGCCACUGGCCCAUGUCAACGGCUGUGCUGAGCAUAAUGGCUGUUCCCCUCCGGACAGCCACCCAGGGGACAGCCUCAGGAAAAAGGCUGCUGCAGAGGUGGCCAUUGAAGUGCCUCUGGAUGGCUGUCUUAGUGAGCCUGGACACGCUGUUAGCAAAGCUCAGGAGGACCGAGGCUAUGUAAACAGCACACAUUUUUGAUCCAAUGCCACACACCAAGACUGUUUCAAUGUGGCCCUUUUGUAACCACCAGUGUGGCCUGUGGCAAGAGUGGCUUGGCUUGUGUCCAAACUGGCCAUGGUGCACUCGCUCUGCAUUCAGUCAGGGCUUGGCUGUUUGGGACAUUAUUUGAAGGUAUCUUACUCAUAUCCAUGUGACUCAAGGACCUGGGUCAUCACCCUGGGUGUCUCAUGCUGCUCCCCAACAGUUAUUUCCUAGAAUGUUUGUAAUCAGAAGCAAACUGCACUCGUCUGUUGGUCAGGGACACUGGAGGUGGGGACUGUGGACAGGGGAUUCAGAGUAGUUUUGUUUGAAACUGUCUGGGAGUUUGAGCUGACUCUCAGGUGAGCUUCUAGCCAAGUAUUCAGACAAGAGUAAAAAAAUGAAGGAAGAAAGAAAUGGCUAAGAACCAUACUAGCUAUUUUAUUUUCAGCAUCCCAUUGGGAGAUCACAAGAGUAGUGAGGUAGUCCUCUUACGACAGACUUGUUUUCCUUGACUUGUUUAGGACUAAAUGUGAAAUGAACACCUCUGUUAAGGCAGGAAGCAUUCUCAAAAUGUACUUGGAAGUAGUUUAUUAUGGUGGGGAGGAAGGAGAGUAGGAAGAAAAGGCUUUCACAUCUUCAUUUUGUGAAAGGGAGAGAAAACUUAUGUUUACUGUCUGCUAUGAACUGAACAAGAGCUGGUGGGUGUUUCUUCUGUCUAAAUGUAUAAAAUGUGUUUUUCCCCUGACUCAGAUGUGUGGGACCAUUUCCACAUCCCUAAGAGGCAUAUGAAUACUGAAAUACUAUUUUCUAGAGUUGGUCCAACCGGGAUUCUUCUUACUUGUGCUUCCAUGAUGACCUACAUUUUUAUUCUGAUAAACUUUGAGUCUUCUUUUAAGUGAUCCCAUGGAGGGAGCAAUCAGCUUUUACCAGGAGGAAAUAAGUGCUCCUGUCAUAGAUGGAGAUAUAAAAUUGAUUUUUCAUUAAUUCCUCUCCAAAAAGGAAGCUAGACGCUUUUCUUUAAUUAGACAUAUUUAAAAAUAUUUAUCAUUGUUGCCAACAAGUUGCUUGAUGGAAGAGUAUCUGUCCAAGGCAGAAAUGAGAAUUCUUUUAAUUUCUGAUGUGAAUUUGUUUUGAGGAGAUUAUCUUUUUAUGUCUCUCACUUAUGUUUCCAAGUUUUAAUAAAUUCAUUAGAAUCUGA